AAUAGUGAAAAAAUAUCCCCGUUGCUCGCUCAAAAUCUAUUAUUCGCUGUUCAGAGAAGAGCACUCCGAACCCGUAAACAGACAGAGAAGAAGGGUAUUGGGUAUCUCACAGAAAUGCUCAUUCAUUUCCUACUUUUCCGGAAACAGUAUCACAGAAUCUUCAACACGCACAAGAGACUUUACUCUAUCAUUUAUCAUGUAAAUUGUAUCCCACAAUCUGGCCUUGAGGCCUCUCAAAAUCCACCCCAACAACCAAUUUCAUCAACACCAGUAACGGAUUUGUUCUUGGUGGAGAAAAUUCUGUUGAAUUUAAAGCAAGGUAAUGUAAAUUCUUUGCUCAACUAUCAUUUUCGCUUAAACCCAUUGGUGGUUGUUGAGGUAUUAAAGCGUUGCCGUGAUAAUUUGCAACUUGCUCAAAGAUUUAUUGAUCAUGUUGUGUUACGUGGUAAGAAUGUUAAGCAUUCAUCCAUGUCAUUGAGUGCAAUGAUUCAUGUUUUGGUACGUAGUAGAAGAUUAUCUGAUGCACAAGCUUUGGUUCUUAGGAUGAUUAGGAGAAGUGGGGCUUCGAGGGUUGAGAUUGUUGAAUCUUUGAUAUCAGUGAGCAGUACUUGGCAGUUGGAUAACUUGGUGUUUGAUUUGCUAAUUAGGACGUACGUGCAAGCUAGGAAGUUAAGGGAAGGGACUGAUGCGUUUACAAUUUUGAGUAGUAAAGGGUUUUUGGUGUCUAUAAAUGCCUGUAAUGGCCUUCUUGGAGGACUAGUGAAAGUGGGUUGGAUUGAUAUGGCAUGGGAAGUGUAUAGAGAAAUUGUUAGAAGUGGGAUUGCAUUGAAUGUUUAUACACAAAAUAUUAUGGUUAAUGCUUUGUGCAAAGAUCACAAGAUUGAUGAUGUUAAGACUUUUUUGUUCGAUAUGGAGCAGAAAGGAAUUUUUGCUGAUAUAGUAACAUAUAAUACUCUCGUCAAUGCAUAUUGUCGUGAAGGACUUCUAGAUGAAGCUUUUGAGGUGAUGAACUCAAUGAUAAGUAAGGGUAUGAAACCGGGUCUCUUUACAUAUAAUGCUAUUAUAAAUGGUUUAUGUAGAAAAGGAAGAUAUGCUAGGGCAAAGGAAGUUUUCGAUGAAAUGUUGAGCAUAGGGUUGAGUCCUGAUACUACCACUUAUAACACACUGCUUGUUGAAAGUUGUAGAAAAGACAACCCUUUGGAAGCUGAAAAAAUAUUUGGUGAAAUGUUGCAUAGAGGCAUUGUUCCUGAUUUAGUGAGCUUUAGUUCACUUAUUAGGGUGCUUUCAAGAAAUGGACAUCUUGAUCAGGCAUUAGUUUACUUUAGAGAUAUGAAGAAAUCUGGCUUGGUUCCUGAUAACGUGAUUUACACUGUUCUUAUAGACGGUUAUUGUAGAAAUAGAAUGAUUUCAGAGGCUUUGAUGAUUCGGGAUGAAAUGCUUGAGCGGGGUUGCGUUAUGGAUGUGGUUACAUACAACACAAUAUUAAAUGGGUUGUGCAAAGAGAAGAUGCUCACAGAUGCAAAUGCACUGUUUGAUGAGAUGCUUGAAAGGGGCGUGUACCCUGAUUUUUACACUUUUACUACUCUCAUUCAUGGGCAUUGCAAGGAUGGAAAUAUGAAUAAAGCUCUAAGCUUAUUUGGAACAAUGAGGCAAAGGAAUAUCAAACCAGAUAUUGUGACUUACAAUACUUUAAUUGAUGGAUUUUGCAAGGUAGGUGAAAUGGAGAAAGCUAAUGAGUUGUGGGGUGAUAUGAUUUCUAGGGAGAUAUUUCCCAAUGACAUUUCAUAUGGCAUUUUAAUAAAUGGAUAUUGUAAUCUGGGCUUUAUAUCUGAGGCCUUCAGACUGUGGGAUGAGAUGAUUGAGAAAGGGAUCAAGCCCACUCUUAUCACUUGCAACACUGUUGUAAAGGGCUAUUGCCGUUCAGGUGAUGCAUCUAAAGCAGAUGAAUUCUUGUGCAAGAUGAUUUCAAAAGGAGUGCUUCCUGAUAGCAUCACAUAUAACACCCUCAUUAAUGGAUUUGUAAAAGAAGGAAAUAUGGACAAAGCUUUUUUCCUAGUCAAUAAGAUGGAAAAAGAUGGGCUAUUGCCGGAUGUCAUUACAUAUAAUGUAAUUCUGAAUGGGUUCUGUAAGCAAGGUAAACUGCAGGAGGCCGAACUGAUCUUACGGAAAAUGAUUGAGAAAGGGCUAACUCCUGAUAGGUCAACUUACAUAACUUUGAUAAAUGGACACGUCUCCCAUGACAACUUGAAGGAGGCAUUUCGAUUUCAUGAUGAAAUGCUGCAAAGGGGUUUCGUCCCGGAUGAUAAUUUUUAACUUGACUUGGUAUGCCAUUGUUAAUGAAACACAUAUUCUGUUUCAUGUUGAAUUGAUGCGUUGGAGACUUUUGCCAGAUGAUGAAUCCUAAUUGUUUUGCUAAUGUACCCUGAAGACCUGUGAAAUCCUUUUCACUCAUGCCAGUUUGUUGAUGUGUUGUUAAUAGAUUUGCUGAAGAAACCGCUGAAAACAAGGCUUGGUAGCAUUAUCAUGUGAAGUUCCUUCUGUUUAUCAUGUUGAAGGUGAGAUAGUUCUAUUCCUAGUGACCUUUUCUGUAAAAAAUUUAUGGUAAUCAGAAUUUAGAUGGUGCAAUAUUCGUGGUGAUACAACCGCUGUUAAUUAGCUCACUUGUAAAAGUGAUCAAAUUGUCAUUAUAUUGUUUAAAAUUUGUUUAAUUCAAUCUGAAGUGAAAAAAUAGGCCUGCCUUUUAGUGAGUUAAUGAAUGCUUAUUGUCAAAUUGGUUGUUAAUCAUUCCUUUGUUUAGUGCCUUCUUGAACUCUUGAAAGCAUUUUAGCUGGUGGAGUCAAGUAUAACAAUUUUCCUGAUGCAUGGGACUACUUGAUAUCUAGUUGUAUUCCGCAGUUUCUGCAUGAACUUGCUGGUGAUGGUAGCUCCUUCCCCAAAAAUGAAGGUGAGAAAAGAAGGUUUAUGAUUUUGUGAGUUGCUGCCAUCAACCGCAAUAACUGUAAUUGUUUAUUGGCAAAUUUCUGCACUCUGCUGAUAUUUAUGUGAUCUUGGUUCCAAAAAAUGAAUAUGGGAAGAUAAAAAGGCGAACUAUAAGUAACUAAUGUCCUUGUGUAGACCACUAGCCCUUCGUUUUGUUUACAUUGAUUUUGCUUUGGAAGCUAGUCAUGGUUAUCAAUUCCAUUGGCAUCAAUUAUAGAUUAGUCUCUUAAGAUUUAUGGUAGAAAAACAAAGCAUUUAUAUCUUUAUCAGUGAUGAUGCCAAAUUCCUAAAUCAACUAGGAGUUAAAGGGGCUUGAACUUUAUAAACGCAAGCUAAUCCCUCUUCCCUUCUCUAAUGGACAAAACAGGGAGGCUGAUGACAGCAGGGUUUCUCUUCCAAAGGACAAAAGUUUGAAGUUAAUGAGAGCGAGCCACAACUUGGUCCAAUACAGGUUUGGUUCAAUAUGAAUUAGUAAAAAAGAUCAAAGCCUUAAGCCGUUAGCAAUGGAUGAGUCAUAUUGUAGGCUCUAGAUAUUUUCAGAAAUGAGAUGUCUUUUGUUCUUAAAAUUGUAGUGUUGACCCCUUGGGUUUCUUAUUGUUUGGGAUUCCUCUUUGCCUCAAAAUUCUGAUGAGCCUUAAAUGGUAUGGAGUCCACUUGAACCCUGUUUGUUAUUCAAAUGAAAAAGCUUUUGGUAUGUCUUUUUGCUUAUUGUGGUAUUCUUCAGGAAAAUUUAAUAAGGCAGAAAGCUUAGUGUGGCUAAAGAAAACCGCCCAAUUCUCCCACAGCCAGCCCUUGUACAUGAAGGUUAGAAAGAAGAGGUCAAAUAUUUCCUAAUCUUCAACAUCGUGGCCUUCAUUUUU